CCUCAGCUGUGGCACAGGAGUAUUCCCUGGAAGAAUAAGCAUUCUCUCCUCCGCAGGCUCUGUUGGGAAGGACACUUAGGGUACUGUACUGAGGAGAGCUUUGGAGCCGCUGCCUUGCUAGUGAUGCUGCCAGGACGGAUGAGGGUUCCACACCGACAUGGUGCUGGUGAGCAGCAUUCUCUCUUCCUGUCAUCUACCUUGGUUUUCCUUUUCCUCAGGUCCCAGGUGCACACUCCUUGAGCAGGUCUCAGAAAGAUGGCAGCAUUAGAGGACAUUGAAGAGUCCACUCCUGCCUUGUCACCCAACAGUGUCUCAUCACCAGGGACUCCUGGAGACCAGCACCACGUGGCACUCCAUGGGCACCCUCACGACUCAGUGUGGGAGCCUGAGAAGACUCCAGCCUCUCUCAACCCCCGCAGUCCUGGAGAGGGGCUGGCCUCGGAUGGAAGGGCACUGAGGGGCCUCUUGAAGAGUCCCAGCAUGUCUACGGGUGGGGACAGCUUUGGCCAGGAAUGUACCUUGGAGCAGCCAGCAGGCCUGCCUCCAGGAACCAUGCCCAGCUCUCAGAAAAGGGACACUUGGCACAUGGUACUCUUGCCCCAGGGAGCCCCAGGGACUGAGGGCAGCAGCGCCAAGAAGAAGACUGCUGAACUGGGCAGUAGUUUGGGUCGAGACCGCCGGCAGGCCAGCCCGAGAGGCAGCAAGCCCCACCGUUGUGAGGCCUGCGGUAAGAGCUUCAAGUACAACUCUCUGCUGCUGAAGCACCAGCGCAUCCACACGGGGGAGAAGCCUUACGCUUGUCAGGAGUGCAGCAAGCGCUUUGGGAGCUGGUGGGGCUUCAUGCAGCACCACCGCAUCCACACGGGUGAGAAGCCCUACGAGUGCGCCCAGUGCGGCCAGGCCUUCAGCCAUAGCUCCCACUUCACACAGCACCUGCGCAUCCACAAUGGCGAGAAGCCCUACAAGUGCGGGGAGUGUGGGCACGCCUUCAGCCAGAGCUCCAACCUGGUGCGACACCAGCGGCUGCACACCGGGGAGAAGCCCUACGUCUGCAGCCAGUGCGGCAAGGCCUUCAUCUGGAGCUCUGUGCUCAUCGAGCACCAGCGUAUCCACACGGGCGAGAAGCCCUACGAGUGCGAAGACUGCGGCAAGGCCUUCCGAGGCCGCUCCCACUUCUUCCGGCACCUGCGGACUCACACGGGCGAGAAGCCCUUUACCUGUGACACCUGUGGCAAAGCUUUUGGCCAGAGCUCUCAGCUGAUCCAGCACCAGAGGGUGCACUACCAUGAAUAGCGCACACCCCAGUAAAGUUUGUGGGUAACCUUGCUCCUGUUGAGUGAAAUGGGGAUGCUUUAAAGGUGCACGGCACGACAUGUGAUGGCUGAAAAGGAACUCCAUUUUAUGCUAGGUAUCCAUUUUGGUACCCACUAGCCACUUGUCUCUAACCCCAGUCCCUGGAAGAAGAUAAGUUCCAAUAAACCUGACUCAGUGGCCCCACCCACCCACCC